CCCUCUUCGUGGCUUUUCAAAUGCAGAAGUACACACUAUUCGGGUUUUCGCAGAAACUGGACUGGAGACCUCUGCGCUUUGCUGAGCCUAUUCCAGCGUACCGAAUAUGCGACGCUUGUGGUUUGCUGCCCAGAACGACCAUCUGCCUGCCCUGUCGACAUGUACUGUGCGAAGCAUGCUAUGAACAGUGCUUGGAUACCGACGCACACGAAUGUCCCCUAGACGGUGAACAGGUUUCGGCUGAAGACGCUGAUUUGAGAGACUUUCCUUUGGAGAAUCUGCUCAGGCGUAAGGUGAAAUGCUGGAACGAGGUCAACGGCUGCGGCGCACUCGUGAGUGCUUCGGAUUUGCUGAAGCACUUUGAUGAAGACUGCAUGCAUCACUCUACUCGCUGUCCAAAGUGCUCCGCUCUGAUCCUGUGCAGGAAUGUGUGCGCGCAUAGGAGAAACAACUGCAGCACACAUGUUUUGCCCAACGAAGCUCACCAUCAGGAACAAUCACAGAAUUGCACUCCAGAAGCUGUGUUCACCGAGCUAAAGGUGGCAUUGAAAGAUGGUGUUAGGGAACUACGAUCUGCUUUUGACCAGGCAGUGCGAGACAACACACCUUGCGAUAGACCGAAUGACUUCUCGCACAUGGUCAAUACACUCAGGGAGACUGUGAUGGACACGUCAGAAAAGCAAACCCGGGCAGUUAGUGAAGCCAAGAUCACCAUUGUUAGAGAAGUCAGAGAUGACUUGGCGGCACAAGGUAACCGACUUGACGAAGUUGCUCAACGCAUAGGCACUCUAACUGAAAAUUUCAAAGUCGUAGCAGCCAACGAAACAAAAAAGUGUUUGAAUAAGCUAGACGAGAUUAUUGCUGAAGGCGAGCGACGACGUAGCAACGACGACAACCAGUCGAAAAGUGUCUUGCAAACUGUGAGCAUUUUCGAGGCCAUUCUUGAUAAAGCAUUGGAGCGUGCUACAGAUGUCAUUGUACAGAAGUGCAGAACAAACGGUUCACUAUGCUCUGCGUCAAAAGUACCGGACAGCAAAAUCAGCGAAAGCACAUCCGAUGUGAGAAGAGACCAUCUACUUGCGCUAAACACACUGAGCAUUACACACAACAUGUUUUACGUCACAGGACUCGCAGCUUUGAAAGACAAGGCAAUAUCUUCACGUUGGAGCCUAUAUGAGAGCGAUCCCGUCUACCUGUGUGGUUAUCGCAUUUCUCCAGGACUGUAUCUGCAGAAAAAUGAGAGCUCAGUGUCGGUGCACGCUCAUGUGCGGCUGCUCAAGGGUGAUGCUGACGAGUUCUUACAGUGGCCAUUCUCUCACAGUCUGAAGCUCACUUUCGUACAUUCAUCUCCAGAUAAAAACCAUGAGUUAAUGAUCAAUCGUGGAUGCGUUACCAAGGAAUCCUUUGUCAGGCCAACUGAAUCACAUAAUGAAGGGUUUUGUUGGUACACCUCAUUGCCUCUGAAAGACCUUGAACGUGAAGGACACAUUGAGUCUGAUGCACUCUGCAUAAAUAUGACCUUUCACCUCCAACUGCUCAAUGAAUACUGCGAAUAUAUAUAUGGCUUACAUAUAGGUUAUGUUAAAAGAAGGGUCACUUGGACUAGCAACGAAUCUUCCUCUAAGGCUGAGAAACCUGCCCACAAUGCAACAAAAACACAGAAUCAACUAUUUCGGGUAAUAAAUAUUCUUACUUUGUGUUGUAAUUUUAGCCACAUCUCAAUGCAUGGUUCCUUUUCACCAAGUGUGACAAAUUUGCACCCCCCGUUUCUAUGGCCUUCAGUACGGGUAUAGUAGUGAUGUAAAUUCUAAUAAAUUUGUUCAUGCAUUUCCCUGUGAACUGCCACAAUCGG